UUACCAUGUUGGCCAGGCUGGUCUCGAACUCCUGACCUCAGGUGAUCCACCCGCCUUGGCCUCCCGAAGUGCUAGAAUUUCAUUCACUUUUUAACUAAUAUUUCAUAUUGUUGUGGAGCCAUUUUAUUAUGGAGCAUUCAGAAACUACAGAAAUUGGAAUAGAAAAAAAUUUUUAAGUCCCCUUGAAUCCAGGAUAUAAAGACAGUAAAUGUUAUGUUUUGAAUGCAUUUCUUUGUAGCCUUUCUUUUUGAUCAAAAUUAUUAUUUAUAUUUUAUUUGUAAACAUUCUAACAAAAUCCUAAUAUUAUAAAUGUGUUCCCCUUAUCUGUUUAACUAUGGAAACUCCCAGACACCACCAAGAGAGAAUUCACUAGUGAGCUUUCAAGUUGUGUCAUGGUCAUUCUUAUUAAUCUCAUUGUUAUUAUUCCUAUGAUUGUUUCCUGAUAUUUCAAAACAUUUGAUAUUAUUUUAGAGCUAUAGAAAAGUUGCAAAACAGUAUAAGAAAUUCUCAUGUACUCUUCUUUUUGGGGGGGGGGGUGAUGGAGUUUUGCUCAUGUACUCUUUAGCCAAAUUUGCCAAAUGUUUACAUUUUUCUUGUUUGCUUUGUUCAUGUCCAUCAGCCAAAUACCACCAGGAACAUACUUGCAACUAGAGACAGCUGAUUGUAACUUUCUGCAGCAAGGAAGCCCACAUACUUGGGUAAUCGUGGGAUGUCUUGUUAAGAGGCAUUUAAGAAGGGCUGGUGUAGCAUUUCAUAUAACAUGCUAGAUGAUAGUAGAUAUUAUAUUAAAUAAUGUUGUUAUCUGUAAUUUAUCAGAUCUGUUAAAAGACUACUAAGACUAUAGCGUUAUUUUUUACAUAGUAUUGGAUAGCAUAUUAUCUAACACCAUGUAAUCUAAUCUGCAGUUCCAUAUUUAAAUUUGUUCAGUUUUUCAUUUGAACUUUUUAUAACUGCCCCCUUCCCCACUCUCCAUCUCUAUCCCCAAAGUUCAAUUUUGUGUAUCAUCUUUAGCUGUCACAUUUCCAUAGUUGUCUUUAGUCUGGAAGGAUUCCACAUCCUUUCUUUUAUGUGCAUUGUUGUUUGAAGAGUAUAGGCAAGUUGUUUGGGAGAAAGACAUUCAUUUUUAGCUUGUCUGAUAAUUUCACCUUUAGAUUCUCCAUUAUUGGUGAAGAUACCACAAAAGUGUUAAGGUAUCCUUUUCAAUGGAACAUAACAGGGUCAAAUGAUAUUCGUUUGUCCCUUCUUUGGCUUUUCAACUGUGUUGGCUUAGACAAGAUCAUGUCUUUCAGAUUUGUCCACUGUAACGUUACUUUUUAAAAAAUUAUUAUAAAGUUUCUCAUAGGGAAAUAUAUUAUUAGUGGACAGUCUGCUGUAAAUAGGAGUUUCCAUUUCUCCUUCAUUGAUUCAUUCAUUUGUUGAACUAUAAAUAUUCUAUCAAUAUGGACUCAGAAUCCAACCUUAUUUAUUUUAAUGAUAUAUAGAUUACAAUUAUUUUUUCCAACUCCAGUGUAUUUUACAUAUCAUAGCAUUCACCCAUUUCAGGUGUACAAUUCAGUGACCUUUAGGAACUUUGUGGAGUAACUAUCAUCGUAGUUCAGUUUAGAUCUUUUACAUCCCCCAGUUGGACUCUUCAUGCUCAUUUAAUUUAAACUUCAUUCUCACCUCAAAUCUGCCUCAACCACUAAUCUACUUUCUCCAUAUAUACAUUUGCCUAUUCUGGACAUUUCAUCUGAAUGGAAUCAUAGAAUCCAUGACUGACUUCUUUCACUUAACAUAAUGUUUCCAAGCUUCAUGUAUGUUGUAACAUGAGUCAGUAUUUCAUUCCUUUACAUUCUAAAUAAGAUUUCAUUGUAUGGAUAUGCCAAGAUUUCUCUAUUUACCCAUACAAGGGCCUCUUUGUUGUGUGCAAUUUUGGGUUAGUAUGAAUAAUGCUGCUGUAAGCAUUCAUGUGCUAAUUCACAUCCAUAUUGUUGGGCAGCAUCCCUGGCCACCCUUUCAUAUCUCUCUCUCUGCCUUCCAUGGCACGUUCCAGGCACAAUUCUUUCUGCUCGAACUGCGUAACUGAGGACUCUGCAAAUUCCCUGAAGUAGGCGGGAAAAUGAUCACAUGCGACGAGGCAGUGACCUUCAAGGACGUGGCUGUGGUCUUCACUGAGGAGGAGCUGGAGCUGCUGGACCCUGCCCAGAGGAAGCUGUACCGAGAUGUGAUGCUGGAGAACUUCAGGAACCUGCUCUCAGUGGGGCAUCAACCAUUCCAUGGAGAUACUUUCCACUUCCUAAGGGAAGAAAAGUUUUGGGUGAUGGAGACAACAAGCCAAAGAGAAGGGACUUCUGGCACAAUUCUGCUUUCCCUUGAACUGCAUCAUUCAGGACUCUGCAAAUUCCCUAAAGUAGGAGGAAAAAUGACCACGUCCAAGGAGGCAGUGACCUUCAAGGAUGUGGUGGUGGUCUUCACUGAGGAGGAGCUGGGGCUGCUGGACCUUGCCCAGAGGAAGCUGUAUCGAGAUGUGAUGCUGGAGAACUUCAGGAACCUGCUGUCAGUGGGGCAUCAACCAUUCCACCGAGAUACUUUCCACUUUCUAAGGGAGGAAAAGUUUUGGAUGAUGGAUAUAGCAACCCAGAGAGAAGGGAAUUCAGGAGGCAAGAUCCAACCUGAGAUGAAGACUGUUCCAGAAGCAGGACCACAUGAAGGGUUGUCCUGCCAGCAGAUCUGGGAAGAAAUUGCAAGUGAUUUAACCAGGCCUCAAGACUCUACCACAAAUAGCUCUCAGUUCUUUGAACAGGGUGAUGCCCACUCCCAGGUUGAGGAAGGACUAUCUAUAAUGCAUACAGGACAGAAACCUUCCAAUCAUGGGAAGUGUAAACCAUCCUUCAGUGAUGUUUCCAUCUUUGAUCUUCCUCAGCAAAUACACUCAGCAGAGAAGUCUCAUUCCCGUGAUGAGUGUGGAAAAAGCUUCUGUUACAUCUCAGCACUUCAUAUUCAUCAGAGAGUCCACCUGGGAGAGAAACUCUUUAAGUGUGACGUGUGUGGUAAGGAAUUCAGUCAGAGUUUACAUCUGCAAACUCAUCAGAGAGUCCACACUGGAGAGAAACCUUUCAAAUGUGAACAAUGUGGGAGAGGCUUCAGAUGUAGAUCAGCACUUACAGUUCAUUGCAAAUUACACAUGGGAGAGAAACAUUAUAAUUGUGAGGCAUGUGGGAGGGCUUUCAUUCAUGAUAUCCAGCUUCAGAAACAUCAGAGAAUUCACACAGGGGAGAAGCCAUUCAAAUGUGAGAUAUGUAGUAUGAGCUUCCGUCUUAGGUCAAGUCUUAAUAGGCAUUGUGUGGUCCACACAGGAAAGAAACCAAACAACACUGGGGAAUAUGGAAAAGGCUUCAUCGGUAGGCUGGAUUUGUGUAAGCAUCAGACGAUCCACACAGGAGAGAAACCAUAUAAUUGUAAAGAAUGUGGGAAGAGCUUCAGACGGUCCUCAUAUCUUUUGAUCCAUCAGCGAGUCCACACUGGAGAAAAGCCAUACAAAUGUGACAAGUGUGGGAAGAGCUACAUUACUAAGUCAGGUCUUGACUUGCACCAUAGAGCGCACACAGGAGAGAGACCUUAUAACUGUGAUGACUGUGGGAAGAGCUUUAGACAGGCCUCAAGUAUUUUGAAUCAUAAGAGACUCCACUGCCAGAAAAAACCAUUCAAAUGUGAGGACUGUGGAAAGAAGCUUGUACACCGGUCAUACCGUAAAGACCAACCAAGAGACCACAGUGGAGAAAAUCCAUCCAAAUGUGAGGACUGUGGGAAGCGCUACAAGAGGCGCUUGAAUCUUGAUAUAAUUUUAUCAUUAUUUUUAAAUGACACGUAAGUGUUGUACAUAUUUAAGGGGGAAAAUUUGAUAUUUAAAUAUACGUAUAUGAUGUAUAAUGAUCAAAUCAGUGUAAUUAGCAUAUUUAUCACCUCAAACAAUGAUCUCUUCUUUGUGUUAGGAAAAUUAAAAAUUCGUUGUUCUAGCAAUUUGAAAAUACAUCGUUGUUGAUGAUAGUCACCUUUAGUGCUGCAGAACAGUAGAACUUCCUCCUAUCUACCUGUACUUUUGUAUCCUUUAGCCAACCUUUGGCCAUCCCACCUAUCCCCUACCCUUCCCUGCCUCUAGAGCCAUUGUUCUCACUACUUCUAUGAAAUCAGCUUUUUUUUAGCUUCCACAUGUGAGUAAGGACAGUUGGUAUUUAUCUUUCUUUGCUUGGGUUAUAUUGUUUAACAUAAUGUCCUCCAAAGCUCAUCCAUGUUGCUACAAGUGACACAAUUUUGUUUCUUUGUUAUAUCUAAAGAGUAUUUCAUUGUGUGUGUGUGUGUGUGUAUGUAUAUAUAUAUAUAUAUAUGCGCCACCUUUUCUUCAUCUAUUGAUAGACACUUAGGUGGGUUCCGUAUCUUGGCUAUUGUGAGUAGUGCUGCAGUGAACAUGGGAGUGCAGAUAUCUCCUCGGCAUACUGAUUUCCCUUCCUUUGGAUAUACCCAGUAGUGUGAUUGCUACAUCACUGGAAAUAUUAGGCCUCAGAGGCUUCACAUAGGAGAGAAACCAUGGAAGUGUGGCAGAAUGGUAUGUGCUUCAUUCAGACUUUAACUCUUCAUCAGUGUCCACACUGGAAAGAAACCUUAGUAGUGUUAUGUGUGUGAUAAAGCCUCUACUCAGUCUCACUACAGUCUCAUGUGAGAGUUCACAAAGGAGAGAAACAUUAAAAAUAAGAGGCAUGUGGUAAGUGUGAGUUCAUAUCUUGUCAUUUAUCACAGAAUCAAUGCUGCUGAUAGUUUUCAUCUGGUCUUAUGGGAAGUAAAACAUUUGUUUAAAGUUAGUGUUUCAGCCAUAGCUCAGCAUACCCCAGUGGUCAUGGGACUGUCAUAGCAGAGAAUGCUUGUAAGUCGUGCUGCAGGGUUUCAAACAGAAGUCUGACAAUUAGUUAUUAUUCAGGAGACAGGCCUUAGUAUAAGAGUUUAUUCACACACUUUCAAAACACUAAUGAAUAUGUCGAAAUUGAUGACCCCUAGAAUGUCAGCCACGUGUCUUUGUAUUUUUGCUGCAUCCUUACAUCGCUUGAGUCUGGAAGAUUGAGGUUGUAGUGACCUAUGAUAGUGCUACUGCACUCCAGCCAGGGCAACAGAGUGAGACCCUGUCUCAAAAAAAAAAAAAAAAAAAAUUAAA